GCAUCACUGGGGAAGGGGCCAGGUGUUCUGUCAGCAUGGUGACCCACGUGCCUGGGUUUGGAGGGGAUGGUUCUCACGCGCCUACGCCCCUAGAGUCGCUUCUCUGCUGCAACUGCUACAGGAUUGUGAGACUGAAGUUGAAAUAUUGAGUUCGCUUUUGUGUGUAGAGGUUGUUUCGGUGAACGACACAGUGAAAUAUCGUCAUGGCAGCGGCCCCUAGCCCGACACUUGAUACCCAUGCCAAGUAUCAGAGGUUGGCGUCAGAAUAUUCCAAACUUCGUGCACAGCUACCAAUCCUAAAGAAAGGUGUUCUGGAUGAGCAGGACAGUCGAAGGCAAGCAGAAGAACAACUGAAGGAGAAAGACCAAAGCCUUCGUAAGGCUCGACUUGAGGUAGAGAGUCUUACUUUCAGGAAUCAGCAGCUUGCAAAGCGUGUGGAAGUCUUACAGGAUGAGCUUGAAGGACAAAAAGGAAAGAAGAAAAAAGGUCGAAUGCACAAUGAAGUGGAUGGAACAGCUGCUGUUAAUUCAGCCAUUGAAGAAGAGUUGCAGCAUAAGAUUGAAGAAAAUGCUAGGCUUCAUUCCCUUCUGGAAGAGGUGAAGACCCAUCAAAGAAGGGCCAAUGAAGAGUUUCAACUUCAGAUAGAACAAUUACAACAUGAGGCCAAAAAUCAAGCAUCAGCAAUGAAAGCCAUACAACUUCAACAUGAGAAAGAAAUGGAGAGCUUGAGAAUUUCCAAAGAAAAGCUGGAACGUCAAUGUCAUGACCAGGGUGAAGAAUUAGCUCAGGUCAGGAAAGCUUUGGAAGACUUCCAGAAGUGUGGGAUGAAUGUGACUGAUACCACCACAAGCCAACAACCAGAUAUGCGAAGAAAGUCUGGAGGAGAAGCCCAGGGAGAACCUGUCAGUGCAUCAUCUCCAUCACAAACAUCUUUGAAGGAAGCCUUUCUGUCUGUGAUCCCUCAUGUCAGGGAUUUUCUGUCAAAUUUACAUGAUCUGUAUUCUUCAUGCCACAAGCUGUGGCAGGAAAGUGGGGAUGCCAAGUCUGGAUGUGAGGCAAUAAAAAAGACUGAAAGAGCCUGCCUCGAAGUGGGAGAAGCAUUGAAGGAUCUCAUGGAGCAACUCCCUGCAUCACCAGAUCACCUGAGACUUCUAUGUGAUGCUUUGCAUAUGUUUGGAGAGCUGCAUUCUCAACUCCCUGAUCCCUUGGUCCCAAGGGAAUAUCUCAUCAUGCUGGAUGUUGCAUUGGAUGUGACAAUGGACCAGAACAAGAUGAGAGAUGAAAUUGAAAAUUCCCACAGGAGUGUCACAGCUGCAAUUGCUCAGUUAUGCUUUCUCAUCCAUGCUUGCAUUUCAUCUAGCAUAGCUGACUGUGAUGACAGACUUGCAAAGAAGAAAGAAUUUGAGUCAGUUGUCAGGAAAGUGAGGUCACUCCAUGAGAUUACUAGUGAUCUGAAAAAGUUAUACGAGGAAAGAAAGAACUUGGCUGGCCCAAAUGAAUCCUCCAGUGGAGAAGAUGGUAUUUUCAAGGCUCUUCAGUGCUGGGUGAUUUCAUUGCAAAACAUGGUCGAGAGUGCUUCAGAUAGAAGAUCUUCAGAGGAACAGUCAGGUGGACCUCAUUUGUCUCAUGAUGUACCUGAUUCAUUAGAGGAAAUGGAUGGGGACUUAUUGGGACCAGAAGGGAAAACAAGACAUUACCUGCAAGAGCAAAUGUCAUAUUUGGUCUGUCAGGUCCAGAUGGCUCAGUCAAAGUCUGCUUGCCUUCAAGCUGAGUGUGAGAGCCUGGUCUGUCAGUUGGUAUUAGCUGAACAGGGGAAAGCCUCUUUGGAGAAUGACAUGAUGAAACUCCAAAAAGCCCAUGCAGAGUUGCAAGAAGAGAUUGAAACCACUAAAUCAAACUAUGAGAUACAGCUCAGUGCAAUGUCAGACCACUUUGCUGGUCUUAAUGAAAAGUUUGUGGAACAAGAGGAAGAACUCAGUCUUCUGCGGCAAAAGCUCAACAUCAAAGGGUUCUCAAAAAUUAUCAACCACACUGCUGCUGUGGUGCGGUCGAGGACCCUGCCCAUAUACUGGCCGGCUGUGCAGUCCGUGAGGGCCUUCCCGGUGGCCUUACGAAACUGCACAGUGCGGACCCUGAAGCAACCGCCUGGCUUCAUGCCAAUUGCUGACCCGUCCUUGUCCACAAUCUCCAAAUAUGAGCCUGCGUUAGAGAAGCGAAGGGCGCCAGGGAUAGCACAGUCCGACGGGACGGGGAAAGAAACUGAGGAGUCCAGCCUCGGCUCUGCAGACCUGGGCCGAGGGAACUGCAGUUCAAAAAUCGAUUCCCACGGCGCAAGACGCACGGAGCAGCCAUGUUUGAAGUCACCCGUGUUCCAUCCUUCUCUCCAUUCUUACUCCCACUUUGACUCAUUCCGUGUCCCCAGGCCGGGUGGGCUGUUUCUUGUGUUGGUGGCCCUCGUCGGUCGGCUGAGCCGUCUCUCUUUUGGAUACCAUUGGGAAACCCGAACGGAUCCGUGCAACUUGAAUCCAAGUGCAUUUGGUCACAAAUCGCCGUUGUGUCUCAUCAAAAUAUGCGAAGCCUCCGAUUUGAAGCCAACCGAUUAUCAAAUAAGGCACAAACCUAACAUCAGUUUGGGCCUAGGUCCUGCCAAGGCAGCCGAACAACAACCCAUCGAUCCCUAUGUGGCCAUCGAUGUGGACGAGGAGCAUGUUAACCGGACUACUGCAAAGGCGAAAACGAAUCGUCCCACAUGGGAUGAAUCCUUUACUUAUGAGGUGACCAAUGGACAAAAUAUAGGGCUUACUGUGUUCCACAAUGCUGCCCUCCCACCAGAUGAAUUUGUCGCCAACUGCAAUAUUCCCUUUGAAGACCUCAUCAACAAAGAGCACUCAGAUAUAUGGGUGGACUUGGAACCCAGUGGCAGAUUGCAUGUGAUAAUUGAUCUUCAGUGGGUGCAGCCUGGGUCAGAACACCAUGCACAAGCUUCAGCAACAAAACCAAGAGAGUUCAAGGAAGGGAGAGGCUUCCAUAAACGUAGAGGAGCCAUGCGUAGGAAGGUUCAUCAAAUCAAUGGGCACAAGUUCAUGGCAACAUUCUUGCGACAGCCCACCUUCUGUUCUCAUUGCCGUGACUUCAUCUGGGGUCUUGGGAAGCAAGGGUACCAGUGCCAAGUGUGUACAGUUGUGGUGCACAAGCGGUGUCAUGACUCAAUUGUCACACGAUGUCAGGGUAUGAAGGAUGCUACUCAAGAUGAGAUGCUUGGGCAGCGAUUCAGCGUCAAUUUACCCCAUCGCUUCCGCAUACACAAUUACAAGAGGUUCACAUUCUGUGACCACUGUGGCUCAUUGCUGUAUGGUUUGCUCAGGCAAGGCCUACAAUGUGAAGUCUGUUGCAUGAAUGUACAUAAGAGGUGCCAGAAAAAUGUUGCCAGCAAUUGUGGGAUUGACACAAAGAAGAUGGCAGAGAUCCUUACAAAAAUUGGGAUCAAGGAUCUCACUCAAAAGACUGGCAGAAAGAAGUCCUCAUUCAGCGAUCACGGAAUGCCAACUUAUGAGAAGUCCUACACGUCGCCGCUGCCCGCGAUACAAGACCGUGAGGUGUCCCUAGAAGCAGGGACAGCAGCUGGACACCAACAGGCAGAUGAGCAAGAGUUGGCCCUUAGGCUUGCUGCUCAAGAGGUCAUGGACCAAAGGCUUAAAGACCGGGACAAAAUCCUCGGCAGCAGCAAGGAGAGAGAACACACCAAAACUCAAGCUGAGAAAAGCUUGGACAAUCUAUUGACGAGGGGUGCUGGUGCUGCACGCAAGUUUGGCCUUGAUGAUUUCACUUUCAUCAAAGUCCUCGGGAAAGGUUCAUUUGGGAAAGUGUUGCUGUCAGAGCUGAAAAGCACUGAUGAAGUCUAUGCUGUCAAGGUGUUGAAGAAGGAUGUGAUCCUUCAAGAUGAUGACGUGGACUGCACCAUGACUGAGAAGCGAAUUUUGGCUCUCUCUGCCCGACAUCCUUUCCUCACUGCUCUCCAUUGCUCCUUUCAGACUGAGGAUCGGCUGUUCUUUGUGAUGGAGUACGUGAAUGGAGGUGACCUUAUGUUUCAAAUCCAGCGGGCUCGGAAGUUUGAUGAGCCACGUGCUCGUUUCUAUGCCGCCGAAGUGACCUUGGCCCUCCAGUUCCUCCAUCAAAAUGGUGUCAUCUAUCGAGACUUGAAACUGGACAACAUUCUCUUGGACUGUGAAGGACAUGUGAAAAUAGCUGACUUUGGGAUGUGUAAAGAAGGGAUUAAAGACACUGCAACCACCACGACCUUCUGUGGCACUCCAGACUAUAUUGCACCUGAGGUGAGUAGCACUCAUAUUGGUGUGUCCUUAAGCCUGUUCCUUUUAAUUUUCUAUGCAUGGAUGUGGACAAUGAUGCAAGGAUGGGUGAAUGAAAUCCAAGUGCGCAUGAUCCUUCAAGAGCUGGAGUAUGGAGCAAGUGUGGAUUGGUGGGCGUUGGGUGUUCUCAUGUAUGAGAUGAUGGCUGGGCAGCCACCAUUUGAGGCAGACAAUGAGGAUGAUCUCUUCGAAUCCAUUCUUCAUGAUGAUGUGCUCUAUCCUGUCUGGCUCAGCCGGGAUGCAUGCUCCAUCCUCAAAGGCUUCAUGACAAAGAACCCAAGCAAGCGGCUUGGCUGCAUGGAGUCCCAUGGAUACGAAGAAGCCAUUAGACGGCAUCCCUUUUUCAAACCCAUCGAGUGGGAGGCCUUGGAGCAACGCAAGGUCAAGCCUCCUAUCAAACCAAAAAUCAAAAGCAAAAAGGAUGCAUCCAACUUUGAUCAAGAAUUCACCAAAGAGGAGCCAGUCCUGACACCAAUUCUCCCACAGUUGGUCAAGAGCAUCAAUCAGGAGGAAUUCAAGGGUUUCUCAUUUGUCAAUCCUGAUUUCAAGCCCCUCAUUGAGCAGACAUAGGACUCAGAGGGAGAGAAGGACUAUUGCUGUCGUUCGUUCCUCACCCCCUUUUCCCUCGCCUGAGGAGCAAUGCACAAAGAAAGAGUGGAAAACCCAAGCCAUUUUUCUUCAUCCACAUCAAGAUGUUCCUCCCUAUGUUGUCCCAUUCCCUUGGUAUGCAUCUUCUACACAUUUCUCCCUCCUGAAACAUAAAUGAGAAGAUGGAUCCAGUAUUUUGCUGACCCAAAGAGCCUUUCAUCGAGUGGCUGUUGGACCUUCCGGUUGUGUCUGUGGACUUCCUAUUUCCAUUGAAGCUAGUCAACAUCUUUAGGCUAGUUCAGUUCAUCUGUAGCUCAAUGAUUAUAAUGAUUAUGGUUUUUUUUUCAUGUCAUAGGUGGUCAUGUUCAUUUUUUAUUAUUCAUUUCUUCUCUGUUCCUUGUAACAAACGAAACCGGGUGAUAAUGAAGAAUGAGAGUUUUUUCCCCCAAGUUGGUUGGCAUAAUGUGCAUUUUCCAUUGGCUACUUAAUCUACGUUGUUCUCUUGGAAUCUGUUGCCUUCAGUAUUAUCUAGUAGAUUGCAGGCCUGUGGUUCCUGGCUGAGGAAUGUUUGUGAGGGAAUACUCUCAUAGUUUCUGGUACUAUUUGGCAAAUCACUUGAACAAUUCAUCAUACACCUGCCCAUGAACUCCUCCUUCCCCUCAUUUACAUACUUGUAUGUUCGCAUGAGUUAUGUCCCUAUGAGAAAUCUCCAUUUUCCCUGUGAUCAUUUAACCUGAU